AUUCACGAGCUGAGAACUGAAACAGCUAACCGCAGGAAGAAGUGACAAUGCAGUCAGCGCUCCCGCUGACAGUUUCUCUUCUCAAUUUGGAGCGCGGGGCUAGUUCUUCCACAAGAUAUGAUAGCUUUAUAGGUGGUUCACUUCGUCUUCCCUUCACCCAAAGCUUACCUGCCCAUCGUUGCAUUUGAGAUUCCGUGAUACCUCCUCUGCUUGUAGCGUUGCAUGCAUGGCCGUGUGCAGCGGACAUUUUACGAUCUUCACCUCUCACCUAGUUGACGUCGAACCUCCAGGGUAGGCGUCAUUGUUGUCGGGGUACUGGAAAACCCCAGCGUCGAACAGUUGGGACAACUUUACCAGCACCAUGUUGCUUCACUUCGCCAUAUACACCACUCUUUUUCUUACAGUCAGUCAUGGAGCCAGUCUUCCUAAUCUCAGCAAUGAACAUUCACUCGAUGAUGGUGAUAAGGGCGGAGGGAAGCGUACAAGAGACCCAGGCUAUGUGCGCAUGCCGGUGUCGAGACAGAAGUUCAAGAGUAAGGGAAAGUCAAAAAGGGGCUGGCAUUGGGGGACCCCGACCGACCCUCAGAAUGACUCCCCAUCUUUGAAGUCAAAUCAACCCUUCCAACCUACUCAUGCGUCAUCAUCGACAAGACCAACGCCAACUCUGACUAGAAUAACGAGAUCCCCACCAACCCAGCAGUCUCCGACUUUGCAUCGCCGAGCAGCAGACAGAAGAUGGGGCUGGUCCAAUCUUGAAGAACUGGGCGGCAUUGCCUACAUCAUCCAGUUGGACAUUGGCACGCCCCCUCAAAAAGUCCGCGUCUUCGUAGACACCGGCUCGUACGAACUCUGGGUCAACCCCCGCUGCAGCACGUCGGCGUCGGAUUCCCUCUGCCAGACGUUUGGCAACUACUUCCCAUCCAAGUCAAACUCCGCCAUGCACAUUGGUGGCAACUUUGCCGUCACCUACGGCACAGGGGCAGUGCGAGGAAGCUACUGGAGCGACGUGAUGAGUAUUGCAAUGCUUCAAAUCCCCCAAGUCCAGUUCGCCGUAGCAGCGGACAGCAACUACACCUUCGCUGGCAUCCUCGGUUUAGGCUACGCUUACCCCUAUUCCAUCCCCUACCCCUCCGUCCUCAACCUCAUGGUCUCCCAGAAGAUGAUAUCCGCCCCCAUCUUCAGCCUCGGCCUCGGCGGCGACGGCGACGGCUUCAGCGAGAUUAUUUUUGGCGGAGUCAACCGCUGGAAGUUUGCCGGGCCGCUGGUCCCGGUCUCCAUUUGGCCUCCCGUCAAAGAGCAGGAUCCGAGAUGGGUGCAAUACUGGGUCAAUGUCACCAGCGUCGGGUUGACGAAGCCAAAAGAGGCAGGAAAACUGUACACACCUCGGGAAGGGUUUUCCAUGCCGACGUUGAUCGACACAGGCUCGACGUUGAGCUACAUCCGGGAGGACCUCGUGGCGGUGAUAGGGCAGCAGUUCAACGCCGAGAUUGACACACAGGGGAAUUACUUUGUAGACUGUAAGUACAGGGACGUGGCGGGGACGGUGGACUUUGGGUUCAACAGCGGCGCGAUGGUGAUCAAUGUGCGGUACAAGGAUUUCAUCUACCAGCUCUACCCGGGCAGGUGCAUGCUUGGGGUGCAGCCGGCGGAUUAUGGGAGCACGUACUAUGUGCUGGGAGACACGUUCAUCAGGGGUGCUUAUUUGGUAUUUGAUCAGCAAUCAGACGUUGUGUGGAUGAAUCAGUACUAUAAUUGUGGCGACGGGGUAGUAACAGUGGGACAAACCCCAAGGGAUACCGAGAAUGUUGUCGGCGCGUGCUAGCUGAGGUAGCUUUUGCGGUCAUUGUGUUGUAGGUACCCUGAGCAUGUAUAAAGCAACUUGUUUUCUCCCACAGUCCUCUGCACCUGGACUCUGAACCUCGAACCGCCUACUUCUUCAACUGCG